AUGGCUUCGUCCCUAGAAAACCUGUCAUUGGAAUCUAAAGAAGUCAACAACGAAGACGAUGUGGUAAACCCAUGGAAUGUUUGUUCAAAGAACAAAACAGGAAUCGACUAUGACAAACUCAUCCAAAGAUUUGGUAGUAGUAAAAUUGAUGAAGAAUUACUGUCACGGAUUGAAGCCGCCACUAAAAAACCGGUUCACCAUUUCCUAAAAAGAGGAAUUUUUUUUUCACAUCGAGAUUUAUACAGUAUUUUAAAUUUAUAUGAACAAGGAAAACCUUUUUAUUUAUAUACAGGAAGAGGCCCUUCUUCUAAUUCUCUGCAUAUUGGCCAUUUGAUACCAUUUAUAUUUACAAAAUGGUUGCAAGAUGCUUUUAAUGUUCCUCUCGUAAUCCAGUUGACUGAUGAUGAAAAAUAUUUAUGGAAAGAUUUAACAUUAGAAGAAGCAAAGAGGUUGUCCGUUGAAAAUGCUAAAGAUAUAAUAGCGUGUGGAUUCCACAAAAAGAACACGUUUAUAUUUUCAGAUUUACAGUUCAUGGGUGAAUGUCCAUCGUUUUAUGCUAAUGUAUUAAGAAUUCAAAAGAGUGUUACAUUCAAUCAAGUGAAAGGUAUAUUUGGAUUUGGAGAUAGUGAUGUCAUUGGAAAAAUUGCAUUCCCUGCUGUUCAAGCUGCUCCUUGCUUGACUUCAACGUUUCCUUUUAUAUUUGGAGAUAAAAAAGUUCCUUGUUUAGUUCCUUGUGCUAUUGAUCAGGAUCCGUAUUUUCGAAUGACAAGAGAUGUUGCUCCUAAGCUUGGAUUCUCGAAACCUGCUUUAAUACAUUCAUCGUUUCUACCGUCUUUACAAGGGGCUGACACUAAAAUGUCGGCUAGUGAUUUGAAUUCGUCUAUCUAUUUGAAAGACACGCCAAAGGAAAUAAAAAAUAAAAUCAACAAGUAUGCAUUUUCUGGAGGUCAAGGAACAGUUGAAUUGCAUCGAGAAAAGGGUGGCGAUUGUAAUGUAGAUAUAUCUUAUCAGUAUUUAAAACAUUUUCUAGAAAGUGAUGAAGAAUUAAUCAAAAUUGAAAAAGCUUAUACUUCUGGAAAAAUGUUGACUGGAGAAUUAAAAAAAAUAUUGAUUGAAUCUAUUUCAAAAAUUGUGCAGGAACACCAAACAAACAGAAGUAAAAUUACAGAUGAUGAUGUCAAAGAAUUCAUGACUCCAAGAAAAAUAUCAUAA